AUGACAUUGCCGGGUUUGCACAAUAAAGCAUAUCGAGCCUCUGACAAUUGUCUUGACGCUGUAGAUGGUGAAGUAUCUGUUAAUUCACUCUUUGCGUCAAGAUGCAGAAGCCUUUCUCUCUCUGCGCAAAACUGUAAUCGUGCUUCGAUUUUCACAACGACGGAGGAUAUGAACACUGCAAUUGACAUUGGAAAAGUUGCUUCACUCUCUGAAAACGAUUUGUUGACAUCGUGUACUAGAUUGUCAUCGAAAUGUAGCCACGACAAUCAAACCGAAAUAUUGCUAACAGUAUUAGAGCAUCAGAAAAUACCGCUUGGUGAAUCACAUGAUUGUAUAUCACUAACUGAUCGAUCGUCCAACCUUACACUUUCACCUGCGCAUAGCAACAAAAGUUUGAAUGAUUCUAUUCCAUGGGGUGAUGUUACUCCUUCUGUGAAACCUCAUAUACCGACAUCGAAAAAUAGUGAUGUUGCAAAAGAGGACGCACCACUGCCUUAUAUGAUGCUACCAGAUACCGAUCACACGUCAGGAUGUGAUUUUAACCGGACACAAAUUACCAGUGAAGAAUAUGUUAAAGGCAAAACAAAUGUUGCACAAAAGACAAAGGAACUGUCCAAAGGUGAAUUGAAAAAACACAGCUUUGUCACACAGCACACUAUUAUUUAUCCAAGAAGUCACUUAGAAAUGCAGUGUUUUCCAAACAGCACCUGUCAUUUCAAAUACGAAGGGGAAAGUGAGGACAAGCAGGCGGUUACUCUACGCAAAGAUCAGUAUUCACAAACCAAGGAACCUGUAGUGACACAGUCGCGAGAGGACACAAAUCGGGCAGUAUCUGUGCUGAACAUAAUGCUGCAGCGACGUUUAAACAACAGUGGAAGUCAGAAUGGAUCUUUCAUUCAGGAACGACUGAACACUUAUUAUUCAACACCAUCCGCUGGUCUAAAAUCAACACAAAGAAUUUCGAAUUUUCAAAGUUUCACAAGAACCAACGAGUUAAAUGAUCUGAUUGAUAAAAGUGAUACUCCAUUGCGUCAUUCAAAAUAUUUGUCAGUUGAACCGGAGAUGGAUAAAAAGGCAAUAGUAGGUGCGAACCAGCAGUGUGUAUCUGUAGAUCAACAACUGAAGGAAAAUCUGAACGAAUAUUGCCGCGGAAAUAGUUAUAAGAAAACAACACAAAAAUCGGUCAGCGAUGGCCGCUCAACAAUUCGCGACCAUUUGCCAAGAGGUAAAACACGUAAACUGGCAUCAUUGUUUGAAACGAUGAGUGAUGCAGCAAGUGUAGAAAUGUUGCGAGAGAUGGAUCAUUUGAAACGACGAGGUAAAUCAGUUCCGCCGAACAUUGUUAAUAAAACCUAUCAUCGAGAGACUGAAGUUAAUAUGAAGGGACUUUUUCGAGAUGAUUUAAUCUUACAACAACGGUCUACUCUGGCUACAAACUCGGGGAGCUAUGGAACUCAUUUAGAUCUCACAAUCCCAUGCAAAAGAAAUGGGUUUGAAAGACUUGCAAGGGACAAGUGUGUUGUUGAAACACGCAGCGUACGCAGCAUUGUGAAUCGGUUUGAAUCCGCAUCGGACUCAAGUAGAUGUCAGAAUUCAGCGCGAGCAUUUCAAACUGAUACACCACGAAAACCAAAGAAUCAGAAACGAUACUCACAGUACGUUACGAGCACGUUACAAUCAGUGCCGGGUAUUACCAGUUACAGCAGUAUUCAGGAUGUUCAAUACGCUGUUGAUUCGAACUACAAUGUAUGUAGUAUUGGAAGGUCACUUUCACGGCAAUCAAAUGAAUGGAAUGGAUCCUCGGGUCGUGCAAGUCCCUCGCACAAUUUACUGUACGAUAGUACGAGCUGCGCUAAUAUUUGGGAUCAGCAACAGUACGAAUUAGGAUUGCGCAAGGGAAUAACCAGUCUGAAACGUUACGACAGUAGGUAUAACAGGGGGACGAAUGAGAUGCUCAGUCGGGACUCCUCUUAUGCUAUGCAAACUCAGGUUCGCCAAAUGAAUUACAGUCCUGAAGUAAAACCAAGCUACCACAUGGAUGUUGUUACUGACCGUUCUCAAAAACAUACUUGUGGGGAAAGACUUGAUAACGAAGUUGAGGAUCAUGUUGCUGAAGUAGAAAAAGCAUUUGCUUUCGUCAACAAGACUCAGUCACUAGCAACUCCUGGUCAACAGUGUUCACAGGAAUCUCUGGGUAAACCAUCGUCACCUGCAAAAGCUAGCUAUUCGAUUUCACUGUACCGGGAUUUGGAAAGAGAACACCAUAAAUCACGAAAUGGUGACAUUCCUGUUUGUUUUUCUCCAGCUAUUUAUUCGUCACCCCCAUCUGCUGGCGAACUAUUGACAACUUAUGAACACAAAAAUUCGGUCAUGAAAAAUGCUAAACUUGGAGGUCAAAUGGUUACAACGGAUCCAAUGGCUACCUCCACUCCUCUUAAUGGUUCACCAGCAGGUAAUAGUCGUUUGCACACUUCUGCAAGUUAUGCGCUUAAUCGAAGUGGUAUUUCCUCAAUAACGGCUUCGACAGCACAUGAAAUCGUUCAAUUACAACAAUCAGAUAUUGAGCUACAGACAGUGAAACAAGAAAUAAUGAUCCAGGAGGGUCAAAUUGCACAGGCAUCAUUGGCAUUAACUCAUUGUAAGAAGAACAGCAGUUUUAAUGGGACUCUUGUAGAGUUAAGCGCUCAGCGUAGUUUGUUACUGGCACGUGAACGGCUUCUGGCAUUGCGAAAUGAAAUGCAACGUUUGAAAACACGUCGGCUUGUAAAGGAACCGGUUCCUCCACUAGCGAAACGUAUGCGUGGAGCUAUUGACCUUACAUCAAUUAACGUUUAUCUCAAUCGCAACUUUUGCGUUCGUAACAUUGAUGAGGACGUUUCAUAUGCUUUCGUUAUCCUUCUGAAAACUGAUGAACAAGUAGAAGCUACGCAAACAGUUACUUUAAUGGACACGCGAGCUUUGCGUGUCAGCAAAGUUCAUUUUUCUGAUCAGAUUCGUUUCACAAAUCUACCGGUCGAUUUUACAGUGCUACUGGAGAUUUACGCUUUGAAAGUCAGUGAAAAUCGUCGGUCGGAUGACUAUUCAUGCAGCAUGUUGAAGAAUAAAGCGAAGUCGUUGUUGAGUCCAUCUAAGAAAACGUGUGGUAAUGAAUCAGUUGUGGACUUCUCCGAAUUCACAUGCUGUGGACAUAUUUGCUUGAAUAGGGACACGAUUGGUAUGCAAAAGUUCUAUUUGGAUGGGGCGGUUUAUCCACUGGAGGGAACAGUUGAGAUUGAUUCUCGCUGCACGACACUUCCUCCUACUAUUGAAAUUGAUUUCCGAGGAUUCUUGACUAUGUAUCAAAUAAUAGCUGGAUUGGGGUCAUGGGCUAGGUACUGGGCUGUUCUACGUUGUGGUGUAGUACAAUUUUGGAAAUAUCCAGACGAUGAAGCUUCUGAAAAGCCAGCUCUUGCAUGCAUGGAUCUUUCGAAAUGUACGGACAAAGAAAUCAGCCAUGCACCGCACGAAAUCUGUUCACGUCCGAAUGCUUUCACCGUCGAUCUUCUGGUUUCAACGUCACCCUCUCUUAUAGAGAAGAAACGUGUGUUGUUAUCCGCGGACACGAAGGAGCUUUGCAGUGCUUGGUUAAAUGCAUUGAAUGGGACACUGGAAGUACUUCGAGGAUAG